AUGAAACUCUUUGUUCCGAUUAUUGUCACUUCGAUGAUGUUUCUGCUUCACGGCAGUACCAACGCUCUCAAUGUCAAGAUCUCCGGUAUCAACUACACCUCGCGCAUUGGUCCAGAUUGGGCACCUGUGAGCACCAAAUGCAAGACCGCUGACGAGGUACAGAAAGACAUGUAUGUCUUGAAGAGUGUCACAGACAGGGUCCGCAUCUACUCGCUGUUGGACUGCAACCAGGCUGAAAUGGUACUACAAGCGGCCAAAAUUGUUGGUCUGAAGGUACACUUGGGUAUUUGGACGACGGCUAGCCACGAUUACCUGCUCCAGGAGAAACACAUGCUUGCUAAACUUAUUGACUCUGGUCUGUACGAUGAUAAUGUCAUUGGUCUACACGUGGGUAGUGAGACCAUUUACCGUAAAGACAUCAAUGCCGUCACGGCCAUCAGCUACAUGAAUGAAAUCCGCGCCUAUUUGCGUAGCCGUGGCAAGAACACGCCCGUCACGAUUGCGGAUGUUAUUGACGUCUACAACGCCAACCCGCAGCUCAUUGAUGCCGUGGACUACGUUUCGGUGAACCAGUUUUCAUUCUGGGAAAAAGCGGACGUGAACGAAGCUGUAGCUGUUACUCUGGACCGUCUCAGGGGCCUACGCGUGGCUGCUACACAAAAGGGUAAAAAGUUUGUUAUCUCAGAGACGGGUUGGAGCUCGGGUGGCUUGGAUGGUGGUGCUAGCGUCGCUUCUGUUGAGAAUCAAGCCAAGUUUUUCGCCGACUUCUUCCAAGUGGCUCGUUCAUACAAUAUUGAAUUCUACUAUUAUACCGCGUUUGACUCGAAUUGGCGUGUGGUGAAUGGCGACAAAGAGGUGGAGGCUCAUUUCGGUAUGUUUCACGAGAAUCGUGCGAUGAAGAGCAACUUUCAGCAAUUAACGAUUGGCUGGAGGGACCCCCGUGCUAUUCGCAAUGUCGGCACGAAUUUGGUGCUGUCGGAGAAGGAAGGUGGUCUGUUCAUGUCAAGCAAGUCAAACGACUUCCUAGUGCAGGAGCAGCAGGUGUGGUUUUUUGAUGCAGCCACUCAGCAGGUGCGCUCAAAGAGCAGUGAUCGUUGCCUUGAUGCUUACCAACCUUGGGAUGGUGGCAUUGUGCACGUGUUCCGCUGCAUGGACCACGAGUUCAACCAGAAAUGGACGUAUGACAGUUCGGCCGGUACGCUAAGGCACGCAAAGUACCCGGUCUUUUGCCUUGACCAGGACCCUGCUCAAAACAAUAAGGUGCAGCUGUACGGCUGCUCAGCGAACAAUCUGAACCAGCAGUGGAGUAUUAUUGACCCUGUUAACAUCUAG